GGCCCGCUCUCCCUAAAACUUCCCCGCACCCCAUGCAGUGUCUCAGGGCCCAGCUAUCCAAAGCACCUGAGCCAGUGACCUUUGAAGAUGUGACUGUAACAUUCACUCAGGAGGAGUGGGCUCUGCUGGAUCCAUCCCAGAAGAAGCUGUACAAAGAUGUGAUGCAGGACACCUUGAGGAACCUGGCUUCUCUAGGAAACAAGUUGGAAAACCAAAAGGUUGUAAAUGAGUAUGAAAAUCUCUGCAGAAAAUUAAGGUAA